UAAACACAGUCUUACUCUUACACUCAAAAAACGCAGAGGGAAAAAAACAAAUAAUAAAAAUUCAGUUUAUAUUUAUGUCUUUCUAUCUAUUUUCACCAUAAUCCAAUUCCUCUACUGCCAUGGGCGUUGUGGACAUGUCGAAUAACCAUCCUCCUUCUCAUGAAACCAAAGAUUUCUUUCCCUCUCCUGCUCUCUCUCUCAGUCUCGCUGGAAUUUUCCGAGAUGGCGGAAACGUGGAGACGGAGGAGGUUGAGGAUGGAAGUGCAAGUAGAGGACGGCCGAGAGAAGAAUCGACGGUCGAGAUUAGCAGCGAGAAUUCUGGACCACUGAGAUCACGCGGUUCUGAUGAUGAUUUUGAGCAUGCCGAUAUAACUUGUAACGAAGAGGAUGAAGAUCCUAACAACAACAGUAAGAAGAAGAAAAGAAAGAAAUAUCACAGACACACUGCUGAACAAAUCAGAGAAAUGGAGGCAUUAUUCAAAGAGUCACCCCAUCCAGAUGAGAAGCAAAGGCAGCAACUCAGUAAGCAAUUAGGUCUUCAUCCAAGGCAAGUUAAGUUCUGGUUUCAAAAUCGGCGAACUCAAAUUAAGGCAAUACAGGAACGCCAUGAAAAUUCUUUGUUAAAAGCUGAAAUAGAAAAACUUCGUGAAGAAAAUAAGGGAUUAAGGAAGACGUUGAAGAAUCCUUCUUGUCCUAAUUGUGGAUUUACUAUCUCUAGCAAUAAUGAUGCUCCUACUCUUCCCGCUGAAGAACAUCAAUUACGAAUCGAAAAUGCCAGGCUUAGAGCUGAGGUUGAAAAGCUUAGGGCAGCAUUGGGAAAAUACCCAAUAGGGACAUCACCGAAUAAUAAUAGCUCCUCGUCAUGUUCAGGAGGAAAUGAAGAAGAAAAUAGAAGCGCUUUAGAUUAUUACACUGGCAUUUUUGGGCUAGAAAAGUCAAGGAUAAUGCAUGUAGUUAAUAAAGCAAUGGAAGAACUUAAAAAAAUGGCUACUUGUGGAGAACCACUGUGGAUCAGAAGCUUUGAAACUGGACGAGAAAUACUUAAUUAUGACGAAUAUAUGAAGGAGUUUCCGACUGAAAAUCCCAGAGAUGGACGAUGGCCUAAUAAGAGAUGUAUUGAAGCUUCCAGAGAGACGGGAAUAGUAUUCAUGGAACUCCCUCGACUUGUUCAGACUUUCAUGGACGUGAAUCAAUGGAAAGAAAUGUUCCCAUCGAUGAUCUCAAAAGCAGCAACAGUAGACGUGAUCUGCAAUGGUGAAGGUGCUAACUGCUGGGAUGGUGCAGUUCAGCUAAUGUUUGCAGAGGUGCAGAUGUUAACACCAGUAGUGGGGACGAGAGAAGUGUAUUUUGUCAGAUAUUGCAAGCAAUUGAGCGUAGGUCAGUGGGCAAUUGUGGACGUUUCUGUGGACAAAGUUGAAGACAACAUUGACGCUUCUCUCGUGAAAUGCAGAAAAUUGCCCUCCGGCUGCUUUCUCCAAGAACAAUCCAAUGCCCACUGCAAGGUAACUUGGGUGGAACACUUGGAGUGCCAAAAAAGCAUAGUUCAUUCUCUGUACCGUGUAAUUGUCAACAGCGGCCAAGCUUUUGGGGCAAGGCGUUGGAUGGCUACACUGCAGCAGCAAUGCGAGCGCCUCCUCUUCUCCAUGGCAACCAACAUUCCCACCAAAGAUACAACUGGUGUUGCCACACUUGCUGGUAGAAAAAGUAUACUAACAUUGGCACAAAGAAUGACAUGGAGUUUCUACCGUAUGCUUGGAGCUUCUAGUUAUAAUACAUGGAACAAGAUUCCUAGCAAAACUGGCCAAGAGGAUAUUAGGGUGGCAUCUAGGAAGAACUUGACGGAUACUGGUGAACCGCACGGCGUGAUCCUCUGUGCUGUUUCAUCCAUUUGGUUGCCAGUUUCUCGCAACGUACUCUUUGAUUUCCUGAAAGAUGAAACUCGUCGACAUGAGUGGGAUGUCAUGUCAAAUGGAGGCCCAGCGCAAUCCGUUGCAAAUUUAGCAAAAGGUCAAGACAAAGGAAAUGCAGUCUCAAUCCAAGCAGUGAAAUUAAGAGAAAACAACAUGUGGAUUCUCCAAGAUACUUGCACCAAUGCUUAUGAAUCUGCAGUUGUCUAUGCCCCAGUUGACAUUGCAGGCAUGCAAUCUGUUAUAACAGGCUGCGACUCGAGCAAUACCGCCGUGUUACCUUCGGGUUUCUCAAUCCUUUCUGAUGGAAUAGAGUCAAGGGGUUUAGUUAUCACUUCGAAACCAGAGGACAGAAGUUCAGAAGGAGGAUCCUUGCUAACAAUUGCUUUUCAGAUUCUAACUAGCAACUCUCCAACAGCUAAACUUUCUAAGGAGUCUGUUGAAUCUGUCAACAACCUUUUGUCAAGUACAUUGCACAAGAUCAAGACAAGUUUCCAAUGUGACGAUGCAUAUUGAUUCUUGUAGGUAGAAAUAUGCUAAUUUCAUUAUACAGAUGAUAUAGUUCUCCUCCUCCUCUACCAUUUUCAUCUGAUCAAUAGAAUGACGAAAAGGAUUCACAUGAAGUGAUGAGUUCUUCCCCCCAUAAUUGUAAUUCCCCACAUUAAGAUAGACAUAUUUACUUCAGAUUCUCGACUCUUGUGAUGUUAUCAAGAUAACAACUAUCAAAGGAAACUUGUUACAACACAAAUGUGUAUAUACUACAUAAGAAUUCUCGUCAGCUCAUGUAUAAUUUUCGUUCUCUUCUUCA